AUGCCAAAAACUCGCCCUGCCACGUCAGGAUACGCCCGUCUCGCCCAGGAGGAGGAGGAGCGUGGUUACCUCCACGACGACUCCGAAGAUGACGACCUCGGCGCUGCCUCCUCAACUGUCUCGACCUCGGCCCCCCGUUAUGCCCCUAUUUCCUCUCGAGCCCAGAUGCAGGCGUCCGGUCUCGCCACGCCCCCGGGCCAUCGACGCAGACACAGUGGAUUCCAACGCCGAGGGCGUCGAAACUCCGGUGUCGACAUCAAGGCAAUCAAUGCGCGCUUCGAGCGCUGGGCGGAAGAGAUUGCAAACAAGUUUAAGAUCAACCGAGUCAAGGGCAAGACCUACGAGGAAGAGAAGCUGGAGAUCUACCACUCAGUCUUCCAAGCCCCUCCAGGUGUUCGACCCGUCACUACAGAAGAACUAGAGUCCGAAGAAUUCGAGGGUCAACAACGGAGAGCACGAGCCGAGUACGAGGAGAUCAUUGAAAGUGUUCGUCUCGCAAUUGAGUUAGAUGUGCAUCCUCGUAUGAUUGCGCAGGGAAGCUCGGGUAGUUACUUUGCUCGCAAUCCUGAAGGCAAGGUCGUAGGUGUCUUCAAACCCAAAGACGAAGAACCUUACGCCUCUCGCAAUCCUAAAUGGACCAAGUGGAUUCACCGGAACUUGUUCCCCUGCUUCUUUGGACGGGCCUGUCUCAUUCCUAACCUCUCCUACGUCUCCGAAGCCGCCGCAUACGUCCUCGAUGCCCGCCUGCGCACCAACAUGGUCCCCUAUACCGACAUCUGUUACCUUUCCUCAAAGUCAUUUUUCUACGAUUUCUGGGAUCGGCGUAAGGCAUGGAAGGGGAAGAAGACACUGCCUCCAAAGGCUGGCAGCUUCCAGGUCUUCCUCAAAGGAUACAAGGAUGCUAAUAUUUUCCUCCGCGAGCAUCCUUGGCCAGAUCAGACCAAUACCGGCUUCCGUGCUGAGGAUGCCCCGAAGCGCAAGAAGCGCCCGUGGAACGAGACCUGUCGUCCAUCGGGUGUGGAAUCUGACGACGAAGACGACAAUGCCAACGGCUACAUGCCUUCACCGAACCCGCGCGACGAGAGCCGCGAGCGUCGUUUCAACUGGACCGAAAACCUCAUGCAGUCUUUCCGCGAAGAGUUGGAAAAGCUCGUGAUUCUGGACUAUAUCAUGCGCAACACAGAUAGAGGCUUGGAUAAUUGGAUGACCGCACCCAAGCACGACGAUGACGAGCUUCUCCCUCCCAACCGACCGGUCUCUGUGAACUCGAACGGCACCCGCAGCCCUCACCCUUAUAGACGACAUGAUCCGAUGCAGGCCUCUGUCAUGGCCAUGGAAGCAUCCAGACGCAUGGCGAAGCUUCCCUUCGGAUGGCUUUUCCUGCCAGUUUCCUUGAUCGGACAGCCUUUUUCGCAAAAAACUCGCGAUCACUUCCUACCAUUGCUUACAUCAACUGCGUGGUGGACUGGCACACAAAUGGCUUUGCGACAGGUGUUUUCCCAGGAUGCUGACUUCAAGGAAAGCAUGUUCGCCCGGCAAAUCGCUGUCAUGAAGGGUCAGGCCUGGAACGUGGUCGAGACCUUGAAACAGCCUGAUCAUGGCCCACUUGAGUUGACUCGAAGAACUCGAGUCUGCGUCUGGGAUGACUUGGUGGAUGUACCCGUGGCCAUUCCUAUGCAAGCGCCAACCUCGGAUAUGCAAAGACGUCAGACCGCAGAGUACGAUCCGGAUGAAGAAGAGAUGGAUAUUGGCGCAGCCAAUUCAUCCCAGCAAAUACCCGAGCUUGAGCACGAUCUUUUGGGACUAGGCUCCGACCUACCCAAUCCGAACCGGUUCGAGCUCUCCCGGGUCCGUGCCAACGAUGACAACCACAAAGCCACUGACUCAUUCGGCAGUCCCGCCACCUUCAACGAGGCCGACUUCUCUCGACAGACCAACGACGGCGCAUAUGCGAGGUCUCUCGACGGGUGGCCUUCGCUUCCCGACCGACCCAAUAAACAGCGCAAACACGGUGGCUCUCUAUCAUUCCGCGUGCCUCAUGUCAAUACUUUUGGCAGUGAUGACCUGGAAGGCGAUCUCGGAUAUGCCGUCGCCGAGGGAAUGGAAGGCAACCAGCGUAAAGUGAUCGUGGAGCGCCUUGAGGCCGUCAAGAGCAAAAAUCCCGUUUUCACAUGGUGCUAA